AUGGCAAAAUCUCAAGAAGCUCCUCUCAAUCCCUAUCAACAGUUGAUCAAUGCAUGUGGGAAUGACUCAAAAGCAAUCCAAGAAGUUUACCAAAAGCAUCGAUCUCUCCGGAAUGAAAAGUUCCGAAAAAAGCUCUCAGACCCUAGUUUUAGAGAAUGGGCGUUCGAUGAGGUGUUGGAGCAAUUGCUUGCGGGGGUUGGAAACGACCCAAGAAAUAAUCUUUCCUUCUGGGCAAGACCACCAAAACAUAUCCGGGAGUUAGUCCAUGAGAUCCAAAAGGAGAUCGCAGCCGUGGCAGGCCCAUGCCUCUGGCUCGUGCCCUCAGACCAUCUCCAUAUGACAACUGUUGAAAUGAUGUCGUCAGUUACACCACCAAUGAUAGAUGAUACAAUCAGUUUUCUCAAAGGGAGUUUGCCAUUGGAGGAGGUCGUGGAAUAUACACACACACACAGUCCGAGGCUCGUUCGUCCGAUCAUUAGCUACGAUGCUGCUGCCAUGGCCCUGAGUUUUGUUCCGGCUUCAGGAGAGCCAGCCAGUAGGCCAGGAUAUACAGGUAAAGACAAUUACACUUACCAUCAUCUGCGAAGUGAUCUUUACGAUAUUGUUUCUUCAACUGGUCGACAGUUUGAGUCCCGGUAUCUCGUGCCUUCGGCGCAUGUAACUAUUGCUCGGUUUGCCGUGCCCCCUGGCUACGACAAGUCAGUCGAGCUAGAUGGUCUUUGCAAAAGAGCCUCUGCAAUAGUUGAUAAAAUCGAGAAAAUCAACCAGGAGUUGCAAUCGGACGAGUGGAAGAGAUUUGGGAAUUCAUCGCGAGGUGAAUGGAUAAUUGGUCAGGAAACAGGACUUGAGCUCAACAAGGGCUCAUCCUGUGGUUUAGUGCAUACCCGAAUAGGGCCUAAGCGAACGAAAUCCCACAACCCAACCGUCCGCUUGAUCUCUUCGACAAGCGACAAUCUAACGACCACCACCGCGCUAUCCGGCAAUACCGUCCAUUCGAAAAUCCCGCUCCGAAUUCGAGGUAUUGUGUGCGAUAUGGAGGGUUUGAAUAUCUGUGCCGAACUAGAGACCGUCAACAUCCCGAAAACCCGCCGGACCUACUGCAAGUCCAAGGACUGCCACAAGCACCAGACUCACAAGGUCACCCAGUACAAGGCUGGAAAGGCCUCCCUGUUUGCCCAGGGUAAGCGCCGUUACGACCGAAAGCAGAGCGGUUACGGUGGUCAGACCAAGCCUGUCUUCCACAAGAAGGCUAAGACCACCAAGAAGGUUGUCCUGCGUCUCGAGUGCACUGCCUGCAAGGCCAAGAAGCAGCUUGCCCUCAAGCGCUGCAAGCACUUCGAGCUUGGUGGUGACAAGAAGACCAAGGGUGCUGCCCUUGUUUUCUAG